AUGGAGAGGAAGAGCUCGGGGUGCUGUGAGGCUCCAAAGAAAUGGGGCCUGUCCUUCUCCAUCGAGGACAUCUUAAAGAGGCCGGCUGAGAGGAGCGAUGUGGUCAGGCCAGAAGGGACAAGUGGAUGGGGCACCAGGCAGGCAGCAGCUGCAGAUUUUGGGCCAGAGAGACCCCCACAGGACCAGCCCCAAGAGGGGAAGAAGGGUAAGCGGAGGAUCCGAACCACCUUCACCACAGAGCAGCUGCAGGAGCUGGAGAAGAUCUUCCACUUCACUCACUACCCUGAUGUCCACGUCCGCAACCAGCUGGCGGCCAGGAUCAACCUCCCAGAAGCUCGUGUGCAGAUCUGGUUCCAGAAUCAGCGAGCCAAGUGGCGGAAGCAGGAGAAGACAAACAGCCUUGCGGCUUCGCAACCGCUGAGUGAGGCCAGCUUGGCCCCGCCCACAAACCCGGACGUGGCCGGCCCCACGCUGCCACCCCCUGCACAGCCCAGGCUGCUUCCUCUCACCGGGUGCUGUCCACCAGCUCAAGGUCAACUGACCUCUGCCUGGCUCCCCGCCCAGAUCACCCUCCUCCCAUGCCACCCAUGGAAGACACAGCCUCUGCCGGCCCCUCUCAUCAUCCAGCAGACCUGCAUCCCUACACUCUGCUUUGUUCCCACCUCCGCACCCCAGAGGAGGCAGCAUCUGUACCACCUCCAUAACAGAGACUGGACAUCCUCUCCUGCGUGGAGCCUCUCUCCUCUCCAGUUAUGGAAGUUGAAAAGUCCCAUUAGCAGCAGCUGGCCAGUUGAAAAUGGAGACCCAGGAGAGCAGAGAGUAUCAGCUCCAGUGUGA